AUGUCGAAGCGCGCGUACAACACAUCGCACACGCAGAUCACCGCCACCGACCCCAGCGGGAAUCCAAAUCCAAUCCACGACAGCUCAUUCACCUCCCCGAACUGCUCCACUAUCGUCGACUGCACAUCUGCUGCGAUGAAAACUACCGAGAGUAUCCUGGACUACUUCUACAGUGAAGGGGGUAACUUCCUCGAUACCUCGAACAACUACCAGGCCGAGGAGUCCGAGCGGUGGAUUGGAGAAUGGAUGAAGAAGCGCGGAGUGCGCGAUCAAAUGCUCGUCGCUACCAAAUUCUCGACCAACUUUCACGCCGGUCGCGGUGACAAGGAAAUCAUUGUCAAUUUCAGUGGGAAUGGCACCAAGAGCCUGCACACCUCGGUGCACGCGAGUUUGGAGAAACUUCAAACCACCUACAUUGACCUGCUCUAUGUGCACUGGUGGGAUUUUGCAACCUCGAUCCCCGAACUGAUGCAGUCGCUCAACCACCUGGUCGCCGCCGGAAAAGUCCUCUUCCUCGGGGUGAGCGACACUUCGGCCUGGGUGGUGAGUAAAGCCAACGAGUACGCGCGCAACCAUGGACUGCGUCCCUUCAGUGUCUAUCAGGGCCGGUGGAAUGCAGCCUCACGGGACUUUGAGCGGGAGAUCCUGUCCAUGUGUCGUGCGGAGGGCAUGGGAAUUGCCCCCUGGGGCGCCCUGGGGGGCGGCACCUUCGUGUCUGAAGCCCAGGAGAAGCGCGAGGGACGAGCAGUGGAACCCGGGGAGAAAGAGCGACAGGUGUCGCGCGUGUUGCAGAAGUUAGCCCAGCGAAAGGGCACGCUUCUAACCAGCAUCGCCCUGGCCUAUGUGACCAGCAAAGCCCCCUAUGUUUUCCCCAUCGUUGGCGGUCGCAAGAUCGAUCAUUCGCGCGGAAACAUCGAGGUACUCAGCAUCAAGCUCUCGGAGGAGGAGGUUCGCGAGAUCGGGGCUGCUGUACCAUUCGACCUGGCAUCCGGGGCCGUCUGGUUUCUGCGGAUGGGAGGUGAGCUCGAACAUGUGCCAGAGCCGAAGCCAUUGUCCAAAGCAUGA